AUGCCCUCGUCCCAGAAAUCUCAAGCAUUUCCGAAACGAAGAGCGCAUUCCGGUAUACAAUAUCAACAAAUAAAGACUAAUUUCCCUUCUGAACAACGGAUAAUCCCACUCCUGAUCUAACAUUUACAUCCAUGAUAGCUAGUAUCAUGCCUCAUCUUCGACAAUAAGUAGAACUCUGUAUCCGUUAUCAACAUAACUACAGUACAGCAUAACAACACCCUCUGACAAAAAUCACAGUGCCGGCACCACUCCGCGAUCGAUUUUCGUAUGCAGAAGCUAUAGCCAAGACCGCCAACACAUGCCUGGAACCACAACAAAGUAUCUUCAGGUUAAUUUGUUCUGUCCUGUCGGUAGAUAAACGAACCAUCCAGCAUCACUUAAAGAUAAAAUACCAUCCCAUCCAUAUCAUCCUCUCUCCGCAUUCAUAAUCACGCUGAUCGAGUUUCUUGGCUGUUUUAACCACGUGCUAGGCCAGCUUGUCAUUGUUCCAGAUUCACUUGAACCUUCCCAAAAAGAUGUAGAAUUCAACUUGGCUUGUCAGGUAAAUACCCUUUCAGCCUAAGGCAAGACCUUUUCCCCUCUCUACCAUCUCCCUCAGUAACCAUGAUGCAUAUCCAAAACACAGGUACAACAGCACCGCAACGCGAGACGACUGAAGACCAGCCAGAAACAACGCCUUCCUCAACCUCCAGGCUACCCUCAACACCACCUUCCAUCCGUCAACUCUUUCUGCCGCUCAGCCCCCAGCC